AUGGGAUCGCCAGGAUGCAUCCACACUGGGCUUGGAAAACGAAAGAGGCAACCGACCGCCGAGUCAGAUCAGGUUCUCGGCACCGAGGAGAGUGAUAAUGCUGCAGAUGCAAAGCGCAGACCCCCAUGGCGCAAUGGACAGAACAUAUGGGCGAGAAGACGACAGCAAUUGGAUGACACGGAUCUUGAAGCAGAGUCAAGGACAACCAAAGGGAGAGCAAUUAUGGCCAAUGCCUCAGAAAAUACAGAGGCAGAGGCAACCGGGAAUGGACUGCCGAGUCAGGGAGCCACAGGGACUUUGUGCGCCACGACUCGGGGUAGUAAUCUGGGCAGAAACCAAAACCAAAACCAAACUCGGGGCGCGGGUCAUAAUGAUCCUUAUGGUUCAAAUGUGGCUGGUGGUGAUGCAGCUAGCCAUGAGCCAAAUGUGACUCGUAGAAUAACGAGAAGCCAAACUCGAACUCAUGGGAGGGUUCUGGAAUUGGAAGCGGCACAGAACGCGCCACCACGCCAAGAGGAUGCAGACGCAGAUGCAGAGGUAGAUGAGUGUAUGGAUAGUGUCACAUCUUCUUGUGUCAAGAGACAGCCCUGGGCUGGAUCUGGUGAUGAUGCUGAUGAUGAUGGUGGUUUGGAUGUUGAUGGGAAGCUGGGUUGA